GAGGGAGGGGCAAGAUGGCGGCGCCGCCGGGGAGCCUGUCGGGGCUGGGUCUCUUUCUGCUGCUCCUGAUCUGCGGGAGGGGCUGGGCUGCCGCGGGCUCCUCCGAGGCCUUUGACUCGGCGCUGGGGAGCACGGCGUCGUGCCACCGGGCCUGUCAGCUGACUUACCCCCUGCACACCUACCCCAAGGAAGAGGAACUGUAUGCAUGUCAGCGAGGCUGCAGACUGUUUUCUAUUUGUCAGUUCGUGGAUGAUGGAAUUGACUUGAAUCGUACCAAACUGGAAUGCGACUCUGCCUGUACUGAAGCAUAUUCCCAGUCUGAUGAACAAUAUGCUUGCCAUCUUGGGUGCCAGAAUCAGCAGCCAUUUGCUGAACUGAGACAAGAGCAAUUAAUGUCCCUGAUGCCAAGGAUUCAUCUCCUUUUCCCUCUGACACUGGUGAGAUCAUUCUGGAGUGACAUGAUGGACUCAGCACAGAGCUUCAUAACUUCCUCAUGGACCUUCUACCUUCAAGCAGAUGAUGGCAAAAUAGUUAUAUUCCAGUCAAAGCCAGAAGUUCAAUAUAUUCCACAGGACACCACAGAGCUGAAAGAAUCGUUGUUGAGCAAAACAUCCGCAGACCUACAGCCAGGAGGUUCACAGACACACAGAGGAUUUUUUGAAGAGGAGGAAAGCAAUAGCUUUUUCAAAUGUCUUUCUAUGUAUGUAUCUUCUACUGUCUUGUAAAAGCUUAAAUGGUAGGAUGAAAUUCCUUCCCCAUAUAUUUUACAUGUCAUAUACUCCAUCAG